CAGGGCCGGCGAGGCGGGCGGGGCCGCGCCGGCCGCUGCACCUCGGCCUUGGCCCAUAAUCCCGCUCGCGGGCCGGUCAACCUGGAGCCGCGACGUUAUUGGCACCUCUCCGGGUGUCGGGCCUUUCCCUGCUGGGAUCGGAUCCUGGGAAUGUCCUAACUGCCCGUGGGGAGAACCUCACUCUCGGCCCGCGGUUCUGAUCCAAGAACUGGAAGUUGACAGCUUGGCAGCUUUGCUCCUGGAUCUGCCUCCUCUCCUCACCGUCUCAUUUCCUUCCCCAGGAUUGUCAGUGGGUUCCCCCAAGGAGAGCUGACCGCCCCGGGCUGCUGCUGACCUCCGCCAGAGUUGAGCCACAAUGUCCCCGGAAUCUAAAAAGCUUUUCAACAUUAUUAUUUUAGGAGUUGCCUUUAUGUUUAUGUUCACCGCCUUUCAAACUUGUGGAAAUGUGGCGCAAACUGUCAUCAGGAGCUUAAAUAGCACAGAUUUUCAUGGCAGUGGAUAUACCAGCAUGGCAAUUAUAUAUGGAGUGUUCUCUGCUUCAAAUUUGAUUACACCAUCAGUGGUUGCCAUUAUAGGACCUCAGCUUUCUAUGUUUGCAAGUGGUUUAUUUUACAGCAUGUACAUUGCCGUUUUUAUCCAGCCUCUCCCAUGGUCCUUCUACACAGCCUCUGUUUUCAUUGGAAUUGCAGCUGCCGUGCUUUGGACAGCACAAGGAAAUUGCCUGACAAUAAAUUCAGAUGAGCAUACUAUUGGGAGAAACAGUGGAAUUUUCUGGGCACUCUUACAAUCUAGCUUGUUCUUUGGAAAUCUCUACAUAUAUUUUGCUUGGCAGGGGAAAACUCAAAUAUCAGAGAGUGACCGAAGAACAGUGUUUAUUGCCCUGACAGUGAUUAGCCUUGUGGGGACAGUUCUUUUCUUUCUCAUUCGGCAGCCAGAUUCUGAAAACGUCCUAGGAGAAGAUGAGUCUUCUGAUGACCAGGACCUGGAAGUCAACGAGUGUGGAAGCCUCUUUGGCCUGCUGAGCAAGAAUAAUCGUUUUGGUAGAAAUCCAGUUGUGUUGUUGGGCAUCCUGGUGCAUUUUAUAGCUUUUUAUUUGAUAUUUCUCAACAUGCCUGGGGAUGCCCCUAUUGCUCCUGUUGAAGGGACUGAUAGCAGCGCUUACAUCAAAUCCAGCAAAGAAGUCGCCAUCUUCUGCAGUUUCCUGUUGGGUCUUGGGGACAGCUGCUUCAAUACCCAGCUGCUUAGUAUCUUAGGCUUUCUGUACUCUGAAGACAGCGCGCCGGCCUUUGCGGUCUUCAAGUUUGUGCAGUCCAUCUGUGCAGCCGUGGCAUUUUUCUACAGUAACUACUUGCUGCUUCACUGGCAACUCCUGGUCAUGGUGAUAUUUGGAUUCUUUGGGACGAUUUCAUUUUUCUCCGUGGAGUGGGCCGCCGCCGCCAUCGUGGCCCGGGGCUCUGACUACCGAAGCAUUUGACCUGGGGCGCCUGCCAGGUGGGACAACAGCUGCAGGUGGCAGAGGGGAGGAGAGCCCAGUUGAAGAAGCCACCUUCCCUUUCCACAGAGUAUUGGAUGAUGUUCAGGAAGGAAAAUCAAAGAAUUAAGACUGCUCAGUCUGCCAGGGUUGGUGUUCAAGUUUACAGACAUUAGCUAUUUAAAACAAGCAGAAUAAGGGAAACUUGUUCUGUCAGUUAUACUCGUUCAGAAAUGUUGUUUUUCAAUUCCUCUGUCUCAAGUUCCUUAUAAUCAUGUUAUGGAGUGUAAAUGUUUUCUUCGCCCUCCUGUUCUCGUUGAAAGAUGCUGCCCUGAUUCAGAACACUAGGCCGAAUGUCAAGUGAAGAUUCUUGCUGGGCAUGGAGUGUGUGCUACUAUGUAAUAAUAGGGAGCAUAUGCCCGCCCCACAUAUGUGUCUGCGAAUGACAUUUAAAUAAAUUGUGAGAUGCUGAAGUGGAAUCUUUGAAAAGAUUUGCACUUUCUUCCUCCUUAAA